UAAUCCCAUUUCUCAUUCGUUCACAUUCAAACAAACCAUUCAAACGGAAUAAAAAAAAAUCAAAGUUUUCUGUUGAUUGUCGAGCGGUGAUGCGUGUUCUCACAAUGGAGUUUAAAAAUUACGUUUAUUUAUCAAUAUUACUGUGCAUAUCAACAUGUGCAUCAGCUCAGAGGACACCAACUAUAUCUCAUAUAACACAGGAGCAGAUCAGGGAUAUCGGAGGCCAGGUGGACUUGGACUGCUCUGUGCACUACGCUCAGGACUUCCCUGUGAUAUGGGUGAAAUACGACCGUUUCAAGACGGUGGAGUCGAUCCCGCUGUCCACCAACGCCGGUCUCAUCAUCAAGGACUCCCGUUUCUCCCUCAGAUACGAUGACGCUACUGCCACGUUCACGCUUUCCAUCAAAGACAUACAAGAGAACGACGCGGGCUGGUACCAGUGCCAGGUGCUGAUGUCAAUCAGCAACAAGAUUACUGCGGAAGUGGAGCUGCAGGUGCGACGCCCGCCCAUCAUCUCCGACAACUCUACCCGCUCCCUCGUCGCUAGUGAAGGAGAGAGCGUGCAGAUGGAAUGCUACGCUGGUGGGUUCCCGCCCCCGAAGAUCUCUUGGCGUCGUGAGAACAACGCCAUCCUGCCUACUGGCGGCUCCAUCUACCGAGGCAACAUCCUGAAAAUCGCGGCCGUACACAAGGAAGACCGCGGUACGUACUACUGCGUGGCUGAGAACGGCGUCGGCAAGGGAGCGAGGAGGAAUAUCAACUUGGAGGUCGAGUUCGCCCCUGUGGUCACCGUGCCGAGGCCGAGAUUGGCUCAGGCUCUCCAAUACGACAUGGACUUGGAAUGCCACGUGGAGGCGUACCCGCCACCAGCCAUUACUUGGCUGAAGGAUGAAGUGCAACUCUCCAACAACCAGCAUUACAGAAUCUCGUACUUUGCGACUGCGGACGAGUUCACCGAUACUACAAUCAGAGUUAUCACAAUAGAAAAACGACAGUACGGCAUUUUCAAGUGCAAGGCACAGAACAAACUUGGUACUGACGAGGGCCAAGUCGAGUUAGUCGAGUCUAUAAUCCCGGUGUGUCCGCCGGCGUGUGGCACGGCUCGGUACGGCGGCGCGGCCAGUGUGUCGCCGUCCCUGUCUACCAUACUGUCCUUGUUUGGCGUAUACGCUGUUUACGCUGUAAGACGAAUCGCCAAUGCCAGAUAUUAACUACCCGGGGCUCCGGCCGGACCCGCUAGUUUACGGUUCAGGUACAAAAACGAACAUACAACAUAUCCUCUAUAUUUAUACAUAUCUAUUUGUUCUAUACAAUUAUAACUAACUUCUCAAAAUGACUCAAAAAUUGUGAAAAAAAUGACAAAUAAUAUGUAAAUUAAUUAUUAUGUUAUCGGCUUACUCACGUAAUGUUUUGAAGAGGAACUCGACUAGUUUCAAGCCAUGCUAGAGGCUCAUAUUCAUGAGCAGCAUUACGCGACACACGACGCGGCGAUUGUCGCACUGCUACUGGCGAUUCGAGCUACGCGCCCAUCGCGCCCUCUGCCUGGAAUCGCGCGUACUAUCCGGCGCGCGCGACGAUGUUGGCUCGUUAGACUCGUUCGCCGGCGGCUGCGCAGGUGUUGGGUUCGAUUCUCGGGUCGACGCAAAAACGGUGUUACAUACGGUGAGUAAGCCGAUAACAUAAUAAUUAAUUUAGUAUGUCUCACGAAAGUUACAAUAAAAUAAUAUGUAAUUGGGUGUUAGUUUGAAACAUACAAGUUCUCAUCUUUAUGACAUUAACUAAAAAUCACGGUUUACUCGCGUAAAUUAAUGGAGAAAAGCUCUAAUAGCUUAACAGACGCGCACAUAUACAGUAGGCUGCGCGACGUCGCCGCGUCUGCGUACGCUGCUCAUGAUAAAGAGUCCCUCUGUGACUCGAAACUAGUAGAGCUUUUCUCCAUUAAUGUGCGUUAGUAAACCGUGAUUUUUAUGAAAUUAUUUCAUGAAAUAAUUCUACCGAAAUAUCGAUUAUGAAUUCUUAAAAGUAUUAUUUAAUGAAUUAUUAAGGCCUAAUGAAUUGCCUUGUAAUAUACAUUCACACCCUAUUACAUGAAAUUUAUUACAUAACGGGUGAAAUGUGAGUGUAACAUUUUAUAUGUGCACCUCUGCCUACUCCCUCGGGGAUUACAAGAUUGAUUCGUAAUUUGAAUCUCAGUGCAGCUUUUUUUAAGUGAUUUAUUUUUCUAAUAUGCCAAACUAUAGUGCAGCUUUUGCCUAUUUAAAAAAAAAAGUGACAAUAUUAGAAUCUAAUAUUGAUUCAAAACAAAAUAUCCCAGUUUUAGAACAGUGAUAUUUAUACAUAAUUUUGUACCAAGAAAUGCUUAUUUUAUAUUAUAUAAAACCUACUGAAAAAAAUAAGAAUAAUUUUGACUUUAAUUAACAAAACAGUUAAUUGUAUACAUUUUCAAAAGGAUUUAUAGGAUGACCGGUAAUUAGUGAACGAUAUUUAAACACGUGAUUGUACUCAUGAUUACAAACAACUUUCCUAAAGAAAAACAGUUUCUUUGGGAAAUAAUCGUCGCUUACCAUCAGGUGACUCGUUUGCUCGUUUGCCACCUAUUCCAUAAAAAAACACGUAUUUAAAUAUCCUUUACUUAUUACCAGUCACCCUAUGCAUAUAUUUCUUGUAAAGAAAAAUUCAUAGCCGUAUUUAAGAAAUGGAGAAAACAACUAGUUUUGCAUUCAAUAUUUUGUACUACACAAAAUAAAACAAGAAAUUAAAAAAAUAUAGAUAUAGUAUUAGUACCUGCUGAUAUUCGUGUGUAUUUUUAUAAUACUUUUUUAUAUAAAAACUUAAGUAUAUAAAGAAUUGUAUGGCAAUGUGAUGUUAUAAACCAUUAUUUAAAAAAAAAAAAACAAUUAAAGUCUAUCCUCAAUAGCCCUGACAGUCCACUGCUGGACUAUAUGAGAGAUUUGCUAUAAUCUCUAAGCUUAGCAGGCGGGUUGGAGAUUCUAUGGAGAUAAAAUUGCUCCCCUUAUAAACAAAAUAUAACAUGACAUUGCUUUAAAAGCUCUCAAAGUAUAAGAAGAUAAUUAAAUGUUAUUAAAUAAAAUAUCAGACGUUCACCUAAAAUACUCUAUAUAGACGCCUAGGUCGGGUAAAGUAUUAGGCUAAGAACUCACGGAGUGAUAUUCACUAAUAAGGGUAUCAAAUAAUCCAUAACGAUCUCUAUCCUGAAUCAAUAAAGACAUCAUAAAGACCCAUCACAAAUCAUAAUCAAGCAUCCGCACCCAGAACCUUUUGAGUCUUUACUCAAAAUACUCAAAAGUUUUGAGUCUUUAAUCAAAUUACUCAAAAGUUUUGAGUCUUUAAUCAAAUUACUCAAAAAUUACUUCUUUUUUAAAUUCUGCUGUGAAAUAAGUAUAACGCAAUAGCUCGUUUCUGAUGUGUGUCCAUGGCGGUCUGGACUUCAACUGAUCGUUAAAUCUCAGUCUUGCGAUCAUCGACCGCCACGUUUGCGGGCGAUAGUCACAACCGCGGCGGCUAUGUAACCGCGCAAACAACCGGUCUCGUAAGUUUGGAAAUAAAACCGCAGUUCCGCCGCCGCGGCGGCGCGAGUGAAAAUCGCUCCGUGAGUUCUUAGCUUUAUUGAACUUUUCUUACUACGAAAUUCUCAAUAAUAAUAGCACGGUGUCUGAAACUGAUCGAUAAGUCUGUUUCGCGAGGCGUAUGACAAUGCCCAGUGUAUGUAUGGUAAUAGACUCACCCCCUAUUAUAUUGAAUUCAUAAUUUAAUAGCAGAAAAGUGGGUGUUACAUUUAAAAAAACUUUGCCGUACAUUACACCUAGACCAGAAACAACAAUUUGGGGAUCAAACAAAGAGUUACUCCGUGCGGGAAUCGAACCUGCUACAAGUUGUACGGCAGCUUGUUACCGUGCAGUCAACUUUGCACAUGUGCACCUCUGCAAUAAUAUUUAAUUAUCUUCCUAUACUUUACGUAAAAAUAAACUUAAAACAUAAGAGUAUGCAACCAAAUGCCAUUUUGUAAGCUUUUUUAUUGAUUUCACAGCUUUCUAGUUUUAUAUAUUUCUGCCUCUAUGAUAUAACAUAAUCUCAAAGAAUAUUUGCCUAUUUUGUAGUAAUUUUUAAAAUAAUGUCUUAAUCAAAAUGUAUAUGUCAACAUAAUACAAUUUGCGUGCGUACGGCGUGUCUCGCGCGCCUCAAAGAGCCAUGGGGCUGAUGCCUGAUCCGGAGCUGCGGACUACCUAGCGGGUUUACCGGGGCUCCGGCUCGAAAAGCUAAACCAGUGGUAGCAUGGAGUCUGGAAUUGUGUCCAGUAUGGCUCACCCCCUAUUACAUGGGGCUUAUAACACAAAUGGUGAAAAGUGGGUGUACAUUGUAUAGCGGCAUUACGUGGUGUAAUGUGCACCUCUGCCUACCCCUUCGGAGAUAAAAGGCGUGACGUUGCAUACUAAAUACUAGCGACUUUCAAAAAAAAAAUAACAAUCAAAUCCCUAAUCUCUAAAAGGAUGACAAUGCUUUUAUAGCGCCUCUGGUGUUGCGGGUGUCCAUGAGCAGCGCUGAUUGCUAAUCAGGUGAUCCGUCUGCUCGUUUACCGGUCAUAUCCCAUGAAAAAUACUACAAAAUAGACCUUCAAAUAUAAUAUUUUUAUACUUAUUUUUAAAAGGUUUUGUGUAUAAAUCGGUUUUUUGUAUUUUGAUAUGUUUUUAAGGAGAAAUUCUAAAUUGAUAUUAUGUAUGUAUUGUAUUACGUAGUCUAAUUAAUAUUAAGAUGAACUAACAUAGCAUUUAGAUAUAAGUGUAGAUUUUUGUUUAAUUAUGUACUAUUUUAGAUCUGAAAUUUACAUUCCUUGAAAUUCAAUUUUAUAUGGAUUGGAUACAAGAUUUUAAAAUGUCUUGUUGGUCGAGUUACAAGUGCGACUGCCGAACAAUUUGCACCUACCGUUUUUUAACGUUGAUAAGUCUGCGUUUGGCCACCCACCCGCUUACUGCCACGGCGAAGCGAAGAUGUGGCCGAAGAUGGAGAACACAGACUUAGAAAGUACCUAUAUAUAUAGCCUAGAUCUUGAACCAUACAUAAAUAUAAAUAAUAAUAAGUAUAAAUAUAUGACUCAGGACAUAAGUGGUAGAAAGUGGAAAUUUCUUUGCUUAUCCCUACGCGAGUUAAAAAGCGUGAUGCAUUGAUUAAUAUAGCUUGUAUCCAAUUUCAUAUAAUUUGAAGUUCAGAACGUCCAAAUAUUCUAUCACACAUCUUGACUAAUAAUUAUAAAAUAAUCGCUGAACAUCAAUCAAAUUAAUGUGUCGUAUGUCAUGUGUCGCCACAAAUAUGUAUUUGAAUUAACUCUUUGACUUUAAAGUGAUUAAUUGGCAUGGUUUACACACAUAAUUGCUUGACGAGGUAACCUGACUAUCUACAAGCCACGCUCGUGUCGUUGGCUUUCGUGCAUUUCACUCGUGAUUAUAGGCUCUGAAAUGAUUUGAAAUUAGUCGAGAUACCUCGUAUAAUUACGUAGAAACAAAUAAAGAUAUCUUAUGAUAAUUAUAACAAGCAAUUUUAAACCUUAAUAAUGGAUAUUUGGACGUUAAAUUCGUAUGAUAUUACAAUAUUCCAUCCAAUUGUAAGACUUUUAUAAUGUUAGUGAAUAAUUUUUAUACUUACCCAGACUCUAGGCAGCUUUUUUGUACUGAUGCAUUUUAUUGUAGCGACUACCUUUUUUGUGUGAAAUAAUGUGUUUUGAAGAUAAUUUGAGACAAAAUCAGCCACAAGUCCACUGCCUCAUUUAGGCCUCCCUCAAUUUUUCGAUAUGGGCCGGUUGAAAGCGAUCUUACAGACUUAUCUAUUAUAUAAAAAUAAGUCGGGUUUUCCUUCCUGACGCUAUAACUCCAGAACGCACGAACCGAUUUUCACGGUUUUGCAUUUGUUGGAAAGGUCUCGGGCUCCGUGAGGUUUAUAGCAAACUAUGAGCCUCCUCUACAUAAGAGGGGUUUGCCAUACUCCACGUUUUGCAAGCGAAUUGGAGAUCCCAGUUUAACCUUUUAACCGCCACGAGUUCCGUCAACAAAAUAUGCCCCUAGCGCCGAGCGCAUCAUUGGUAACAAUAUUACUAGUGAUGGGAAUCAUCAAUUAUAUUUUAAAUAAAACAUUUUUUUUUAUAUUGUCUGCGGCGGUUAGGUCAGAUUUAUCCGACUCUGGCGGUUGAAAGGUUAAAAGAUUCCGGUUUAUCAGAGAGCGCUGCUACUCAGUCUCUGUCUAUCUGUUAACUCUAUGGGUUUUAGACACCCACGGAAAGAGUAGAGGUGACAAAUGUAUUCUACUGAGCUCUCAAUUAUCUUCAAAAUGCAAGUGACUGAUUUUUUUUGUAUUUUUUUUUUAUUUCCCUCCAUAAUGAAGUAUUUUCGAGUAAUAGGCUUUUAGCUACCUUUUUGUAUUGUAAAAGGUUUUGUAACCCAUCUCAUGUAUUUAUUUCUUUUUAUUUGACUUUAGUUUGUCCCAGUGUAUAAAUAUGGCAGUUAUUUUUUGUUUGAAUAAAUAAAAUUGUGAAAAUAAUA